CAGACUACGAGUCAACACAAGCACUUUACCCAAGAUGCAGCCUCCCUUAGAAACCAUCCAAGGAGGCAAAGCAUGGUACAAGCCUCCCAACGGCCCCAUGGUCCUGGGCGAGGCGCCCAUCUACAGAGCCUCAGACAGCACACUUCACUGGGUCGACGCUCUUAAGGAGCCUUCUGAACUCCAUAUCCUAAAAGUUGAUCCGGAGUCAGGUGACCCGAUCGGCGAAGCUCGAGUCCUGAUUCUGGAGGAUAGUGUCUCAGUGCAAUAUUUCCGCCAGGGGGUGAAGGGGAGUUACAUCUGCGCGUAUUAUUGCGGGGUGGCGUUUAUGGAUGAGGAGACGGGGAAGUUGGAUGUUGUGAAUGAAAUUAUUCCGAAGAGUAUGAGGGCGGAGAAGAGGUUUAAUGAUGGGGGUGUUGAUGCGAAGGGCAGAUUUUGGUUGGCGGAGAUUGAUAAGCAGGCUAUGGCAUUUGGUCUUGGUGGACCGCCUGAGAGUUAUGGCGAGCCGAAGGGAAGGUUAUGGAGGUAUGAUCCGGACGGGAGUUUGCAUGAGAUGGCGAAUGGGUUUGUUUGUGGGAAUGGGAUUGAUUGGAGUCCGGAUAAUAAGAUCUUUUAUUUGAAUGACUCUGUUGGCCAAAAGUCAUAUGCGUUUGACUUCGAUCUCGAGACAGGGAGUAUCUCGAACAAGCGAUUGAUAGUCGAUAUGAGAGGAACGGGAGGGGAACCAGAUGGACUGGUUGUGGAUACCGAUGGUAAUAUUUGGAUGGGCGUGUAUGGAUCUAACAGAGUUAUGAUCUUUGACCCCAAUGGAAAGCAUCUGAAAGACAUCGAAUUCUCAGGGAAGAAUCUCACCUGUCCAACAUGGGGUGGGAAGAACUUAGACAUCUUGUUCGUGACAUCAGCAAAGGAUCCCAUUCUCGGCAUCAAAGAUGGCGAUGAGGGCGGAAACAUGUUUAAAUACAUGGUUAGAGCGGGUUCAAAUCCAAAAGGGAAGCCCAAAUUUGAAUUUGCAGGAUAGAAUCAUUAGCGUGAAGAUUUCCAGUCAACCAGGAGAGAUUAUCGAUGGUUUUCAGCGUCGGCACAAUUUCAAAACGGUCUCGGAAUGAAAGAGAAAGUCAAAAGAUGUAAAUCGGGGGAGAUUAAAGGGGAAAGAAGUUACGACAGCUGGACCAAGACCCCG